AUGUUGAGGACCCCGGUGUUGGGCAGGAGCCUUUGGAAGUCGUCCGAUUUCUCCGUCUCCGUCAAGCGGAUGUGGGGGACCCCCCGCAGUCAUCCGCUGAGGCCGGAGCGAAGGUGCUCACAGGGUCCUUGUGUGCAGAGAAAUCAGACUGAUACUGGGCACCCCCUCUGGAAGGGCCCCGUCUCUGUGCCGGGGGGCACCCGGCAGUCCCCCAUCAACAUCCGCUGCAGGGACAGCGUCUACGACCCGCGGCUGAAGCCUCUCAUGGUCUCCUACGCCGCAGAGAGCUGCCUCUACGUCUGGAACACCGGCUACUUCUUCCAGGUGGAGUUCGACGACUCCACUGAGGGGUCAGGAAUCAGCGGCGGCCCCUUGGAAAACCACUACAGGCUAAAGCAGUUCCACUUCCAUUGGGGAGCAGUGGACACGUGGGGCUCGGAGCACACGGUGGAUGACCGCGCGUACCCAGCAGAGCUGCACCUGGUUCACUGGGAUGCUGCGAAAUACCGAAGUUACAAAGAAGCUGUGCUGGGGGAGAGCGGCCUGGCCGUGAUAGGCGUGUUCCUACAGCUGGGGGCCCACCAUGAGCCACUGCAGAAGUUGGUGGACGUCUUGCCAGAAGUCAAGCAUAAGCUGGCCGCCUUUCGCACGCUCCUGUUUUCUGCGCCUGGUGAGGAAGAGAAGGCCAUGGUGAACAACUACCGUCCACUUCAAGCCCUGAUGAACCGGAAGGUCCGUUCAUCCUUCCGGCCUAUGGAAGAGGGCAUGAGAUUCUAA